AUGCUAUCGCCAACUCCACUCUCUCUCCUUUGUGCUCUUCUUCUUUGCCUCCCCCUUGCAAUCACAUUCACAAUCCUCAUACCAACCACCACCACUCCAAUCAAAAAUCAAACAAAGAGCAAAAACAUAACCACCACAUUGCCGCCACAUGCGGCGGAAGAGGGCGGUGACGGCCCACUUCUCCGACGAGCUACCAGAGUCAAUCCGAACCCAAAGUCGCCAAGAAAACUAGCCUUCAUGUUUUUAACCACCACACCACUCCCAUUCGCUCCACUUUGGGAAGUCUACUUCAAUCGAACCCCCAAAAAUCAAUACAACGUAUACGUACACGCCGAUCCUAGAUUCCCAUACGACCCGCCUUUCGCAGGCAUGUUUGAAAACCGGGUCAUACCUGGGUCCAAGCCCACUCUCCGGUACUCCCCCACUCUCAUCUCUGCAGCACGUCGGUUGCUAUCCCACGCGCUUCUUCACGACCCGUCAAAUUACAUGUUUGCCCUUCUCUCCCCAUCUUGUAUCCCUCUCCAUUCCUUCAAUUUCACGUACGGUACUCUUAUCGGGUCAAACAAGAGCUUCAUCGAGAUUUUGAAAAAUGAGAAAGGCGCCCAAGAUCGGUGGGCCGCGCGUGGAGAGCACAUGAUGCUACCGGAGGUGCCGUUCGAAGAUUUCCGAAUCGGAUCCCAGUUCUUCGUGUUGACACGUAAGCACGCGAGGAUAGUUGUGAGUGACACAAGGUUGUGGUCAAAGUUCAAGCUGCCUUGUUUGAGUAAAUCCACGUGCUAUCCUGAGGAGCAUUACUUUCCUACACUCCUGAGCCAGUUGGAUCCACGUGGGUGCAUGCCAGCUACGCUCACCCACGUGGAUUGGAGGGGGAGUCACGGCGGACACCCUCGGACGUAUAGUGCGUCUGAGGUGGGGCCUCGGUUGAUCUUGGCCUUGAGAAUGGACAAGCCUAGGUAUGGUGGCGAUGAGAUCAACGGCUCUGAUUCGUCUUUAAUUAAACGACACGACCCUUUCUUGUUUGCUAGGAAGUUCUCACCGGACUCGAUCCAUCCGUUGAUGAGAAUAGCAUGUGACGUCAUAUUCAAAGAUUAG